GAGGGAUGAAGACCCUGAGGCCUGGAGAAGGGAGCAGCUGCAGAGGCCACCCAGUGGUAGGCACGCUUCCUCCCUGGGCCAGGAGCUGUUCUUCCCACACGGGAGUCUUCCUCAGCCUGUAAGCUCCUCCUUCCUCAAGCUUCGGCUCCCCAGUGGCCUGCACAUAAAUGAUUGUGGAACGAACAGGCGUGGUGCGCAGCCCCUUCGAGUACCCGCAGUACUACCUGGCUGAGCCGUGGCAGUUCUCCGUGCUGGCCGCCUACAUGUUCCUGCUGAUCGUGCUCGGCUUCCCCAUCAACUUCCUCACGCUCUACGUCACGGUCCAGCACAAGAAGCUGCGCACGCCUCUCAACUACAUCCUGCUCAACCUGGCCGUGGCCAACCUCUUCAUGGUCUUCGGUGGCUUCACCACCACCCUCUACACCUCUCUGCACGCGUACUUCGUCUUCGGGCCCACGGGAUGCAAUCUGGAGGGCUUCUUUGCCACCCUGGGCGGUGAAAUUGCCCUGUGGUCCUUGGUGGUCCUGGCCAUCGAGAGGUACGUGGUGGUGUGUAAGCCCAUGAGCAACUUCCGCUUCGGGGAGAACCAUGCCAUCAUGGGCCUCGCCCUCACCUGGAUCAUGGCAAUGGCCUGUGCCGCGCCCCCCCUCGUCGGCUGGUCCAGGUACAUCCCAGAGGGAAUGCAGUGCUCGUGCGGGAUUGACUACUACACGCUCUCGCCAGAGGUCAACAAUGAGUCCUUCGUCAUCUACAUGUUCGUGGUCCACUUCACCAUCCCCCUGGUCAUCAUAUUCUUCUGCUACGGGCAGCUGGUCUUCACAGUCAAGGAGGCAGCUGCCCAACAGCAGGAGUCGGCCACCACGCAGAAGGCCGAGAAGGAGGUCACUCGCAUGGUCAUCAUCAUGGUCGUUGCUUUCCUGAUCUGCUGGGUGCCCUAUGCCAGCGUGGCGUUCUACAUUUUCACCCACCAGGGCUCCGACUUUGGCCCCAUCUUCAUGACCAUCCCGUCAUUCUUUGCCAAGAGUUCCUCCAUCUACAACCCCGUCAUCUACAUCAUGAUGAACAAGCAGUUCCGGAACUGCAUGCUCACCACCCUGUGCUGUGGCAGGAACCCACUGGGUGACGAUGAGGCCUCCACCACUGCCUCCAAGACAGAGACCAGCCAGGUGGCGCCUGCCUAAGGACUCUGUGGCCAACUGUAGGAGUCUCCCAGCCCCCGCCCCCCACCCC